AUGCCAACCUACCUCUGCCACGGCUUCCGCUGGCAGCGCCGCUCCAUCCGCGUAUACACCGUCGUACAAGACCUCGACGACGUCUCGCCCGAGUGGCUGAUUCGGCCCACCAGCUCGCGCUGUCUCCUGCAGAGUUUCUACAACUUGUUUGAGUUUUUGCCUUAUUGCUCGCCGCAUGAACCUGAGACUUGGGAUAGUAAUGAGGACGAGGACGAAGAUGAGGAUGAGGGUGAUGAGUCUGGUCAAGAAAAUGGGGAAGACAAUGAUGGGCAAGGAGCAGUAGUACCGGAUAAUCGUGGAGAGAGGGGGAAUGAGCAGAGGACUCAGUGGCCGAAGCGAAAGGAGAGUCUUGGUGUGCUUAGGGGUCAUGGGUCCGAAGGGACUACUGGAAAGGGGAUGGGGACUAUGGGAAAGGAGAUGGGAAAGGGAAUGGGAAAGGAAAAGAGAGAGAUCACCGCCAUCCCUGUGGGCAGUAACAACAGGUCGUCGAUAAGUCGUACCCGUACCAUCAGCCGCAGUCCAAGUCUGCGACUUCCAUUGCAAGGCGCACGAACCCCGUCCAGGACGCGCCUGCAAGCUACCGCCGCCUCCGCCGCAACUGCUCCUACUACUCCUACUGCUCCUACUACUGCCACUACCACCACAUCUGCCCCUGCGUCAACCCCAGCGUCGAGAACUACCAGCGCCUUGGGAGUUUCUUCAGCAGGAAAAGGACGAAAGGGAAAGACAACGGGAAACAGCAGCAGCAGCAGAAGCAGCAGCAGAAGGAGCGCAUCUCACAGCCCCAACCGCAAAAAAGACGAACUGAGCGCCCAACGCUGGUCAGCAGUCAAAGUUCUCGAGGAGUACGACCCAAACAACCUCGACGAAGUCUCGCGGCCUUAUGCUUACGUAGCUGAUCACGUUGUGCGCGUGGAUGGAGCGGCGGAUAUCCUGGCGGAAGUAAGGCGGUACGAAGAGCGGAUGCAAAGGCUGAGGCUGAAGCUGAAGGGGGCGGAGGAGAAAGCAGGGGAACGGAAUCCCAAGGCUAAUCGUAAUAGCGGCGGGAGUGGAGGAAGUGGGGAGUAUCAUGAUGCUCUCGAGCACCUUGAAGAAAGCGCAAAGGAGAAGGAUGAGACAUGGAUUGAGCAACUCCGCGAUGAACUCCAGCGUGGAGAAGAGAUCAAGUGGUACGUGGUUGUCAACGGGGAUGAAGAGCGCAACUAUUCGAAUCCGAGUGACUCCGACGAUGAAGAUGAAGAUGAAGAUGAAGACGAGGACGAGUACGAGUACGACGACUCGGAGGAACUCUCUUCCUCUGAGAUUACCUCUAACUACGGGACCUCCUACCGCUACGACACCACCGAAGACUUACUGGGCGCCUCAAAGCAUCCCUCCCUCGCCGCGUAUCCACCAUCCGAAGGCCGACGAUCUCCCCUCUCUUACUCUGGAUCUGGAUCCAGGACUUCAUCUCGCGGCGGACAAUCCAAAUCACGAAGCCAAAGCCGGAGUCACUCUCGAACUCGAACCCGCCACCGUAAUCACAGCCGGCCGAGACACGGAAAGAAGAUACGUAGACCAAAACCGACCAAAGAACAACGUCAACAUCAUGCGCAGUAUACACUCCAGCAGGAACUCUUUGAGAGGAAUGACUUGCGGGCUUCUUCAACAGCUCCAACUCCAACUCCCACUUCAACGACGACAAUGGCCACAAGCACGAGAGGGACAACGCCAACAGCCGGACAAGCACCACCACCACCACCAACGGCUAUGUCUAUGAGGAACACAGGACCGAUCAUCAAAGAAGGGGCAGCCAGACGAGUAGUGAGCGAGGGAGAAAUCCAUCCAGCCUUAAGAGGGCAAGCGAGAAAGUCCGAGAUACCGAUUAUCAUGGUUACCCCUACGAGGUCGACGUUUCCUGAUGAGACCGAGACUGAGACAGCUGGAGCUGUCGGUGAGAGGCGAAUGGUAGAGCAGCCGCAGCCGCAACAACCCCAACCACAAUCACAACAGCAGCAGCAUCACCAGCAGCAACAGCCACAACAGCCGCAACCACAACCACAACAACAACCACAACAGCACCACCAAAUCAACGAGACAGAACCAGGACCCAGACGCGCCUCCACCGCAAGCGCCAACCCAGACAUGGGAAUAAUAACCUCCACCACCGUCCCCCUAACAAGCAGUUUCUCCCUCGACACCAGCCCCUCCAACGCUCCCACACCCACCACCAUUCCCACCGGCCUCACUCUCAAACCUCUUAAACCUCCCAAGAAGAACUCUACCCUUCCCACCAUCAUUCCCACCAUCCCCACCAUUUCCACCGCUUCCCUUGUACGAAACAGGGGAAACAGACACAGCAGCAGCAACACAGGCACCGGAAGCAAACGAAGUUCCCUCACCACUUUACGUUCCCCCUCCUCUUGGUCUUGUCUAAGUCUUCAUCUCGGCCACAGCCACAGCCACUCAACCAGUCCUAAGGACGGAGGAGAUACUACAGAGAUGGACGAGGAGGUAGUUCUUCCGCCGCCGAGACCGUCGCCUUCGCCUCCUAUUCCCAUUUCUCUGAAUCUCAAUCCUAUGGGGUCAUCAUACUCGUAUGAACCCGUGUCGACAUUACCGCCUAGACCGGCGCCGGCGCCACCUGGCUCUAAGCCUGUAUCUCGCGGUGGUGGACAAGUCGAAGUUGGAUCAAAUAAUAAAGUGCCUACCGCGCCGUCGUCGCCGGUGGUGGUAAAGAUUAGUGCUGGGCCUGCUGGGCCUGCUGAGGCACGGAGACUGGAUACAAAGGCGCAGGGACAAGCGGCGGCGAGCCCAGUUGUGGGGCAGUAUGCGAGUAUGAUGAGUAGGACGAUGCCUACGCGGAAGGGAAACAGUGGAAACAGUGGAAAUGGGAAUGGGAAUGGCAACGGGAAGGAAAGUCGGAGGAGUAGGAGUAGUGGGAGUUUGAGGAGGUUGUUUCAGCGGGCUAGUGGGAAGGAGGGGUGGAUUUGAUUACUUUGGGGUUUACACCAAAAGGGGGGGUUGGAUCAAAGAGAGGGGAAGAAGAGAGUAUGUAAUGCAUGAUGGGGAAGAAGAAAAGAGAAAAGAUAUAUAGACGUAGAUGUUGAAAGAGUAAUGUCGAAGGAAGGAAGGAAGGAAGGAAGGGAUGUGAAGAACAAGAUUACCUAUCAAAACGAAACAAAAGAACGGUUACAAGCCUACCUACUGUUACACUAGAUCAUAUCUUGAUGUGAAACUCGCAUCGAUUGACAACGAUAUUGUUUUUUUGUUGUUUU